AUGAAUAACCCUUACACACAAUUUAAAGCUCUAAAAAUUUCAAACCAUAAUAUACGUCCGAUCACUCGAACGAAGCCUCGUGAAAACAUUGAAACGUUUACUCCAGCCAGUUGGAAUGUCGUGAGAUCCACUAAGGAAAUUGCCGACCAAAAUUCCGACACGACAAAAUUGACCGAAAUAGAAAACCAUGGUCAAGAAUCCGAACGUUUACUGAGAGAAAAGAUUAAAUCUUCUACGAAUUUAUAUGGGGUUAACGAUGUUAUCUUUUUAGAUAUGAAGGAUGUGAUAAAUGAUGAAGAUGAAGAAAGAAACUCCUCACCCAAUCAAUCAACAGACUCUUUAUACGAAAAUCUCCUCGAUAAACGAGAACGAUCUUUAGACAACGAUUCUAGCAAUGAGACGACUAUUCAAAAUGUAAAAGUAACCAAACAAAUAUCAGAAAACCAAGACAGACUCUGGCAAUUCGGUGACACUGAAGAAACAACAACUGAUAAUAAUUACACUACGGUUUUACCUGAGAACAAAAAAAAUUCAAAGAUGUAUUUUAGUCCGGAGACUACUAUUGAUUAUGACAUCAACAAUGUUGAAGACGAUAAGGAAAAUGUGUUGCCAUCAAGUAACUUAUACAGUACUACAGACGAACUCUUACAAAACACUGAGGAAUCGAUUUUGCUUGAUAGAAUCGAUAAAACAUAUCCACCAAACCUACCAAACCAGACAGAGUUACUAUCGUCGUUGAUAGCAAAGGAUAUUCUUCGCUGGGAACAGAGAACCAAAACUAAAAGCAAUGCAAUGAAAUCAAAUAACGGAAACGACUCCAAAUCUUCUACUGGAGCUCAAGCAAACACAGACCAUAGUAUUGUAUCUGAUGACAACAGAUUUAUCUCAGGAAACAUAACAGAUGCUCGAGUUAAUAGUGAACUUUUUCCUUUGAUAUCAAACCAAACUCAUAAGGAAAUAGAAGACGUACAGACUUUAACAAGUUGCAACGAUACUGAUUUGAACUGCAAACUAUACAAUGAAUCUAAUGCGUUAUUAGUUAAUUCAAGCCUUUCUGAAAAUACAUACUUAACUAAUAUAAAUAACACAAUAGACAAUAAUGGAAUAAUUGGAGGAUUAAAAUCUCAUUCUUCUUAUGGAAAUUCAGAAACUACAACACACUUAAGUGGUAUUGCCAAAGAUCAUAGCAAUAAAAUUAUAAACUCUUUGAAAGAUUCUAAACAAGCUUCGAUUGUGACAGCGAAUUCCUCUGAAAUAGUAUUAAAUCCUAAUCUUAGCAAUCAUUUACAAUUUGAUAACUCUUUAAAAAUGUCUUCGAACUCCAAUGAAGCUAUAACUAAAGAAAUCUUUUCGAAAUAUUAUACGCACCUCGAAGAUAAUAAUUUAACAACAAACACUCCUGUUUUCAGAAGUAAUGACUCCGCAAAUAUUUUAAAGAAAAAUCCCACUCAUUACAUCAGCAGAAAUUCUUUAAAACACGAUAUAGAGGAUAGCCGCUCCGAAUCUAAUAGUUUAGUCAAAUCGUUACUAGAACAAAAGAAUAAGUUAGAUCAGUCUCUGAAUCAACAAAGAAAGAGUAGUUCUCUGAAUUAUAAUGAUGGAAAUAAACUUAACUCAUAUAAAAAUGAUUUUCACCCAACAACAUCUAAAAUAGGGUUUAGGGAAAACGCGAAAAAUACUGUCAGAAAUGAGUUACCGAUGCUGCUUUUACCGAGAGAAAAUAAUUCAAAGGAAAGGAAAUACAAACAGUUAUUUCCAGAGUCUGGAGAAUUGAACAACCAUAAUGUUGGUUCAGGGGACACACAAAGGGAAAAUUAUUAUCUUGAUAACAAAUCUUUUGAAAAAAAUUUCGUAAAUUCAAACCCGGUGAGAAACCUACAAACGAAUGCGAAAUCCGUCCUUUCGACAAAUAUACUAAAACAAUUAGUUUCCGCGAAUCAAAAUUAUAACCAGCUUCCUACUCAAAUAUCAGUGAUAUUUCCAGAGAAUGACAAUCCAGUGGAAGAUGAUGACAAUAAUAAUAAUUAUAACAAUGAUUUUAUGCCAUCUAAAAAUUAUCCCAUGCCUUACCAUAACAGGAACUUAACGAAAGCCGUUUCUAUUAGUAUUCAAGGUGGAAAUCUUUCCACUAAAUCUAUAAGUGAAGCUGAGUUGCCGAACUCAGGUGACUUUGUGUUGCAAAUAAAUGCUACGGAACAAUCCAUAGAUGACGAUGAACUGGAAGAAAAUAACGCAACGGGGAUAGUACACGAUAAUGCCUCCGAAAAUAGUUCACAAGAAGUUAGAAACUAUGACGAACCCAGAGUAAAAGGUCUAAAUGACACGAGUGAAACAGUAAUAGAAAACAAAAUUUCAGAUGAAGAAAAACAUUUGGACGAAAUUGAAGAAAAUCCGCAGAUAUUUGCUGGUGUUACAAGUAAUACGGUGUCACUAAAGAAGUCAGUUAAAAGAAAUAGUACACUCGAAGAAAACUUAAACCUGGACAAUCUCAAAGAAGAUCAAGGGAACUCUUCGAAUGAAGAAAACCUCUUAGAAGCUACGAGUUUAUCUGAACAGGAGACCAUAACAUCUGUUGAACAACCAACAACAGUUGCUUACUUGUAUGACUGGGAUAACCUAACAAGGGUUAUUGUAGAUAACAGUAACUUUACACAGACUGACAAUUUAAAUUUUACUGUUGACUCUUUCGACCAAAUCGAUCAUUUCGUUAACACUUCGGAAACUUCAGACCCAAUACAAACAUCAAUAAGCAAUACGUCAGUAGAAAUAAAUUCAACAAAUGCCAAUCCAAAUAAUAACAUUACAGAUUUAAAUACCAACCAAAGUGAAGCAAAUAGCCAUGAUUCGGUGAUAAAAACUGACAAAAGUAUUUCUAUUGAAGGAGCUGAUGUUGACUAUGAAGCUUCGUUGAAAAGUAAAUUAAAAUUAUUACUUAAACUGACAGAAUCAGGUGAAAGUGCAAACCAUGUUAAUGAAACUAGGCUUUUGCAGAGACAGAAUUCUGAAAACAAUAUUACUUCUGUGACUAAUAAUGACAAUUAUUAUUCUGAAGACACGAGCGUUAGUGUGGAAAACUUAAUGAAUAAUUCUAUGAUUUCUAGAAAGGCAAUAAAAAAUACCAAUUUCACAACAGCUGACUUUGUUGACGUAACUUCUAGUUCAACAAAUAUAAAGCUUGAACCAGAUAAAGAGCUAAGUGAAAAUGAACCAAGUUUAAUGAUCUCCAAUAAAAGUGUUUCAGUGCUACAACAGUCAAAUACGUCGCAAUCAAUAAACGCUUACUUGCCACAUAUUGUGUUUGAUCGCUCUAACAUCGGAAAAAUAAAUUCACUCAGCUUUGAAAGUAAAAUCAACAAUUCUCACAACAUAAGUGAAAGUGAUGCUUAUCCGGAACUUAAUUCUUCUUUCAGUGAAGUUAUCAACACAGAUCGAAAUGCUUCGAUAAAUCCAGAAUUUUCUAAAAAUAAAAGUAGAAAAGUUUCGCAUAAUUCAAAAGAAACAAUUCCGAAUUAUGAUCAGCAACCAAGUAGAUCAGAGAAUAUCAUUAAUGAGAGCUCUUCGGUCGAAUUGGUUGUGCCACCGUUGUUAAAGAUGAAAGAGAGAAGCGGUAAUCAUAAGGCUGACGAACAAUCUACUCGAAGUAUUAGUUUAAUUUCAAAUGAUAGCAAACCAUUGACCAAUGAUUACGUGACUAAUGACACUACAACGGAGAACUACCUCAGUUUCGAAUUCAAUGAUAGCAAAAGCCUAGAUGAUUCUGAAAGCAUUUUAGGGUUCUUGAAUGAAACAGAAUCGAAUGAUAUUACAGAUCUUGAUUCACAACUCACGCCAAAUGAAAUUAAAUAUUCGAAUAACAAUUUUACUGAAAGCAUCACCAAAAAUGUGACCUCUUUUAUUUCUUCUUCUAAUGUAUUUUCAUCAUUUUCCUCAGAGAUUGAUACAUUCCUGCAAGGACACACGAACGUGUCUGCUUCGGAUUUGAUAAUUUAUCAAAACCAGACAAGAAAUGGAUCAGAUGUUUCUCAUAUUGAUACAGAAAAUAUAACUGAUUCAUUAAAUUUACAAUCAGCUAAUAGUGUUAAAUUCAAUCAACAGAAACAAACAGAAAUAUAUACAUCUACUGAGGAUUAUAAACCUGUAGAUAAAAGCAAUAUUUCGAAGAUUGUACAACAAACUAUCGACAAUUCAACAGAGUUAGAAAAUAACACACAUUUCGACCGUCAACACAAUUCUAGUUUUGAACAAAACGUGAAAAACAGACCCCUCCAUCCGGAAGAAAAUCUAAUGAAUAAAACAUUUUUGUCGAUGAACAGAACUUUUCUUAACAUUAAUAAUUCCUUGGAUGAGUUCUUGUACAAGGGGAAUGAUACCUUUAAUCAAAUAAAUAUCUCGAGAGAGAAUCAAAGUUCGUUAGAAUAUAAAGAGAGCAAUUCGGUUUUUAAAAUUGCCCUUCCAAACGAAGACAAUUCGACAGCACCUGACACAGCGAUUGGAAUAUCCCGACAAGACUCUGGGUUUAAAAAAGGAAUAACAGAAUUUGCCUCAAAUAAUUCUGAGGUUUACAAUGAUUCAAAUUUUAACCAAAGCAUAUCAGCAAAUCUCAGUAAAAAUUGGAAUCUAUGGAACGAAGAAAUAAUAAAUGAUAUUGUCACAAAUGGAACGGCGAUGAACGGUGUAGGCAUCAACAGAAAUAAUAGCGAUUUAGAAUUAUCAACUCAAGCGAAAAUUCCGAGCUCUGAGACAAAAAUUCUGGAAGAACAAAAUCUCAAAGGAAAUUCAUUCAGCAAUUUAACAAUUAGCACAAUGAUUUAUAUGGAAGAAAUGACAAAUAAUGGAACGACAAUGGAAACAACGCUAAAUAGAAACCUUGUAAAACGUCUUGUAAUUAUUCAUGUAACCUGUUACCAAUUACUAACAUUUACGGCCCCGCAGGGGAGCUGA